GCUUACAAAGAAAUAGUUGAAAGUAAUGUUGCAGUGUAUGUAGCAGAAAAUAAAAGAAAUAGAUUUGUCUGUUUAUUGCUCUUGGUUUUAUCCCUUAAACCAGUUGCUGUUUGACUUCCUAAACAAGUCUGUCUUGUGGGAGUGUAGUCUGAAUUAAGGCAUCAUGAAGCUGGAGAUGCCAGAAAGCUUUGAAGAUGUUGCUGUUGAGUUUUCAGGAGAGGAAUGGAAGAUACUUAGUGAACAGGAGAAAGAGAUUCACGUGGACGUGAUGGUGCAGAACUAUGAGCACAUGGUUUCUGUAGGGUAUAAUGUUCCACUAAAUCACCUGUUGGCACUCUUUGACAGAAAUGAGAAAGUUUCACCUGAUGACAAGGAAGGCAGACAGAAGAUGCUGAAAACAGAGCUUCCUGAUGGCUCUGCUAGUCCCCUCAAGAAUGCAGGUUGCAGUGAGAAUCUGAAAGAGCAGGUAUCUUUUCGAGAAUACAUUAAGCCUAAUUGCAACAAAUCUUCACCAGAAUCAUUUUCCAUUACAAGAAGUGAUGUGAUACGUACUGGAAGUAGAAGUGAGAAUUCUGUGGAAUUAUUAAAGGCAUUUAUCAAGAAAACUAAACUAGAACUGCAUCCAGAAAAUGAAGGAGGGAAACAGCAUAUAAAGACAUCUAACCGCAAAAACAAUUCCACUUUUCAUAAACACACUGUAAAAUUAACUCACAGCGGGAGAAAACAGAAGAAUCUGUCUACAACAGAUGAUCGUACUUUCACUACAGAAAAAGCAUUUAAUCACAAUGGACCAAAGCAACAUAAAUGUUCCAUAUGUGACAAAACAUUUACUCGAAAGUAUCACCUGACAAGACAUCAGUAUGUUCAUAGCGAGCAGAAACCGUAUAAAUGUCCCCUAUGUGAGAAGGGCUUUACACAGAAGAAAAGUUUAGAAGUUCACCAAGUCAGCCACACUGGACAGAAACCCUAUAAAUGUCCUACAUGUGAAAAGGGUUUUAGAGAUAAGUAUUACUUGGAAAAACAUCAAUUAGUCCACACAGGACAGAAGCCAUAUAAAUGUUCCACGUGUGAUAAAGGGUUUUCACUUAAGAAAAGUUUAGAAGUGCACCUAAUUACUCACAGUGGACAGAAGCCAUAUAAAUGCCCCACAUGUGAUAAACAUUUUGCAAGAAAGAGUACAAUGGUAAAACAUCAGAGUGUUCACAGUGGGCAAAAACCUUAUAAAUGUGAAACAUGUGGUAGAUGUUUUACCCAGAAGAGUAACAUGAUAAAGCAUCAAUAUGUUCACACCGGGCUGAAGCCACAUAAGUGUGACACAUGUGGCAAGUGUUUUACAGAUAAGACUAGUUUGAAUGUGCAUAAUGUUAGCCACACUGGACAGAAACCGUAUAAGUGUUCCACUUGUAGUAAGGGCUUUGCAGAUAAGAAAAGCCUUGCAUUGCAUCAGUUUACCCACACCGGACAAAAGCCUUUUAAAUGUGCCACAUGUGACAAGAAUUUUACACGCAAGUAUAAUUUAAUAGUGCAUCAGGUUAGCCAUACUGGUCAGAAACCCUAUAAAUGUGCCACAUGUUUCAAGUGUUUUACAGUUAAAAGUCAUUUGACAGUACACCAGGUUAUCCACACUGGGCAGAGGCCGUACAAAUGUUCCACAUGUGACAAAAGUUUCAGAUUCAGGAGAAGUUUAGAAGUGCAUCUGAUUACUCACACGGGAGAAAAGCGUUAUAAAUGUCCCAUAUGUGGUAAACAUUUUACACAAAAGGGUAGUGUGGCAAAACAUCAGAGUGUUCACAUUGGACAGAAACCAUAUAAAUGUACCACAUGUGGCAAGUGUUUUAAGCGCAAAGAAGGUUUACAACUGCAUCAGGCUAACCACGCAGGACAAAAACCCCAUAAGUGUUCCACAUGUGAUAAGUGCUUUACAGUUAAGAGUAGCUUGACAGCACAUCUGAUUAUACACACUGGGCUAAAACCCUUUAAAUGUGCCACAUGUGGCAAGGGUUUUGCAGCUAAGAGAAGUCUUUCACUGCAUCAGAUUGUCCACACAGGUCAAAAGCCAUACAAAUGUGCAACAUGUGGUAAGGGCUUUAUAUGCAGGAAACAUUUAGAACAACAUCAGGAUAGCCACGCUGAAUAGAUGUGUAAUUAUGUGCCUAAGGUUAUCAUGGUAAAACAUCAGUAUUUUCACAAACGCCAAGGGACAGCUGGCAAAAGAAAGCAUAAAAAAUCAAAAAAGGCACGUAAGGGUAGAAAUACGAAGAGAAGAAAGGAAUGUAGGUCACUGGAGCAGCCAGUUGUCAGUCAUGACCUCAUCAUGACCUCAUGCACUAAUGAUUAGAGAAUGGCGAAUUUAGUACGAAAGAUGAAAAGUGCAAAAUGGAAGUUCAGAUUCAUGAACUGCUCUUUGAGUGAUUCACUAGCUCUGUACAAAAAGAGGGAAAUGCAGCUGGAUGCAGAUUCUAUAGUACAAAACUAGGAAUGUGUGCAAAUCUAGGAGAAAGGUGUGAAAUGCUUGGCUGUUGUGAUCCACAUACUGAUGAGCAAAUGAUUGGGGUAGGAUUCAUGCAUUGGAAUUUGUGCAUUCAUUUCAUUAUACAGGUAGCAGAAAAACCUCAAAAGUGUGAGUCGUGAAAUAUCAGCACAUGGGAUCUGACAGUGCGGACUGUUCAGAAAUUGGAAAAAUUUGAGAUUGUAGUUGGGGACAUUCUCUUUCACUGGCAAGUUUGAUCAACAGCAGUUAAAACUAAAUAAACUGAAAGACAGGUUCGGUGAGUUAGCUAUUUUUGUUAAUGUUUUUUUUGGAAAUAGUCCUUCGGUUUGUCAUUUGUUUGACAGUGUACUUUUUAGGGAUUGUCAUUUUAUGCUUGGGUCACUGCAUUUAGAGCUGUGUUUCACUGCUUUAGUGACUGCAGUUCUUCAACCAGAGAGCAGGGAUAGAGUUUCAGCGUAGGUUGUCUUCAUCCCUCCUCACUUCUGUGACCAUUGAGUUACUAUAUUUAAUUAAGAGAGUGUGGAGGGGGUGUUACUUUUUGUUUAUUAACUGUUCCCCCUGGGUUGCGCAUUUUCAAACUGUGGAUUAAUUUGUAAGGGGUUCACUUGUCAGGGCUUUGAUCCUGUGAUAUAGCUCCAUAGUAUUUAAAAAGGACAGUCAUGUCAUUAAUCAGUGAUAUAGUCACCUUUAGUGACUACAGCACCCUGAGAGCUAAGAGAUGUAAAAGUAUACGAUAUCAGGAUUAUGUGCCUGAACCAUCUUUAAAGCCCGCUUAAAUGCGCUACAAAUAUCGGUAAAUAACACCAUAGGAAAGCAUCGGUAACUGAGCUGUCUAAGAGGAGAUACCAUUCAGGAAGCCAAGAGGGUGCAUUUAUGCUCUUGCCAGCAUCCAGUAAUUAAAUACAUCUGCAUACCCUUACCUUACCUCUGGCUGGGGGGGGGGGUGUCAUGUGAUCUGCAUUACCACAAUUCAGUCCUCUUGUUCAGUGCAAACUUUUGUACAACAGCUAUGAAGGCUGUACCACCAAUAGUCACUGGCAGCACUCCGUAAGAAGGUCAGUUGAUAGGAGUGACCUGAUAAAAUAUUGUUAACUUUUUAGGUUUGUGAUUGAGUGUCCUUUUACCAAAAAAAUAGUUGUGAAUAUAUUAAAAUGCAGUAAGAAACAAUGUGCAAAAAAGUAUACAGGACACUGAUCAAUUAAUAAGAUAAAUAAAUAUAGUAAGUGAAACUGCUAUGGCAAAGUAGUGCCAUUAAAACAAAAGAGAAAAAAUGGACAGAAGCAAACACAGACUUUUGUUAUGAAAGUAAACAAAGUUCCAAAAAGAUUGUGAUAUAUUGGAGGGAUUUAGGGAGGGAGUAAGGUCAGUGGAAAUUCUUAAAAAGACAGAUGUACUAAUGAUAAAUGAUAUUAAGACAGAUCUAGAUUUGUGUUUAACCAUUUCUAACCUCAAACUAAAAAUCUUUUCUCUGGCUAAAUAAAAUAAAAAAUAUACAGUGCAAUACAAAGAAUAAUUUGGCUGCUACAAGUGUACAAAUGACACAGUUUAUAAAAUCUUACAUGUAUGGGAGUUCCUGAGGGCUAGAAAAAAUCAUUUUGGACCCCAAGAAUUUGAAAGACCAUCACAAGACAUGAAAAGAGACUGGCUGGGAGGGGCUGUGGUUGUGAGUUGCUAAAUAAGACUUUAGUGAGAGUAAGUCUGGUUAUCAGAAAACUUUUAGGUAUUUAUUUUCACCAGUAUUGCAAGAAUGUAUUAUUAUGAUAUUUAAGUAGUAUCACUUUGCAUACAUUGUCCUGUAAAUUUUAAUUUGUGUACUUUUUUUUUGGAGGGGGGGGGUGAUGAUUUUAUUGGUAUUUAAGCCUGAUGUAUGUUUUUACCUUUAAAGGCCAGUGUGGCAGAAGCACUAAAAUAAAAGUUUAAUAGUGGUUUUCCUCAUGUGUUGUCUCUGUGCAAACCCUGUUGAACACAUCAGAAGUGUGUAUGUAGAUACAAGAGGUAAAUAAAUAAGUAUAAUGUAAUAUAUAAUAAACUCUUCCAAAUUUUA